UUCCGAAGGAGCAGCACGCGCCGUCCGUGCGCCAGAACGUUUUCCGCUGUCUGUGUGUGAAAUGAGCUGAAUUCAGGAGUUCUAAAGAAGAAGAUGAGAAGUUUUCUGCUGGUUUUCCUUGCGUGUUUGAUUGUCCACACGGGGGCAGCCCCUCCCAGUUCGGGGCUCAACAGGACGCAGCGUGGCGCCCCCUGCAGGCCGGGUGUGGAGUACCGGCGCGGUAACCUCUGCUGCCUCCUCUGCCGAGCCGGGACAUAUGUGAAAUCCCACUGCACCACGUCUGGGGCGGCGGGGCAGUGCGAGGAGUGCGACUCCGGGACGUACACCGAGCACGACAACGAGCUGACCAAAUGUUUGCCGUGCACGCAGUGCCGCUCAGAUCAGGAGCUGGUGAAGCAGUGCUCUCACGCCGAAGAUGCCAAGUGUCAGUGCAGGCCGGGGAGGUUCUGCCACCCCGACGAGGCGUGUGAGGUCUGCAAGAAGUGCGUCCGGUGCAAACACGACGAAGAGGUGGUGAGAAACUGCACGUCCACCACCAACACGGAGUGCAAGAAGGUCCAGAGCAAACCCGACGCUCCCUCAGAUUUCACCGUGGCGAUCGUGGUGUGUGUCCUGCUGGGUUUGGCUGUGUGUGUCAUCGUCGUAUUAGGCCUCUACAAGUGGAGACAGAGGAGAUCAGACCCCCAGCCUGAUCUACCGGAUUCAGUGAAGGCGGAGUUGCAAUACAGCUUCUCCUCAGUUGUGCGCGGGGACGCGGAGCCCUGGAGGCCCAGCAGCAACAAUCUGAGCCUUCCCCGCCAACUGGUGAGAGUUCGACCCACAGCCGGUGUGGAGGAAGAGCGCGAACGUCUGUGCGAAAGCCUCACCAGCUCAGCCAGUAACUCCCAGCACAGCCUAACCGGCCUGCCCGCCCCCGCUGCCUCCCCCAUGCCCGGCCCCCGAGCCGGCCUCGCCGCGCCCGGGCGGCCCGACAGGAUGGAAGAGGAAUUCCCAAAGCUUGUUCCUUUGAAAGGCGAGGAGUCUCUCAGGGCGUGCUUCGAGUACUUCGAGGACCUCAGCAUGGACUACUACAGGCGGUUCUUCCGUUCUCUGGGAAUCAGCGACAACGUCAUCAAGAGCUGCGAUCACCAGCAGUACGAGGACCGCAUCCACGAGCUGCUGAACAAAUGGGUGGAGAAAGAAGGGCGAGACGCCAGCCUCAACCACCUGCUCAGGGCUCUGCUGGACCUCAGCCAGAAGCUGACCGCCGAGACCAUCAAGGAUCGGGCGCUCCACGCCGGACACUACCUCUGCGAGGUUCAGCACUAGCCGGGCCGGAUCGCCCCGUUGGUGAAGUUAAACAGUGUUAGCGGUCAUGAUUGUGACUCCUCCCACUGCCAGUUUUCAAACGGCAGAGCUUGACUGAAGUGGCCCUGUAAGCAUUUGAUCAGGUCUGAAUCUUCAGCGUUAAGCACCAGGCUGCUACUGGAGUUAUUUCUUCUUGGUAGUUUCAGGUUAUUCUGCCUCAAACACAAGUUAAAAACGCCUGAAACACUUGUUUUUUAGUGCGUUAGACUCAACCUGCUGUUCUGCUUCCUGUGCAUCGUUGACUGCACUGGACAUCACGGCUGUGAUGAGAGUUUUGGUGGGAUUUCCUUCCAGCAAGCUCUUUUCCUUUAAAAGCAGUUUCUUUAAAAUUUUCUGUUGUAUAUUUCAAAUCAGCAAGUUUUAUGAAUGAAAGCUGCUUAAACUGUCCUAUUUAAACUUGUUCACUGUGACUCGAUCUAGCUAUUCAGGAUCAAUGAGCUAAAGGUGUGUUCUGUUGUUAAACUGGAGAAUAGUUUGUUUAAACGCUGGAUUAUACACGUGUUCAUUGAUCAAAGCAGCUUAUCGUCAGUGGAGAUUCUCGUUUGCGCUGCCAUGUUUCGGGUUCCUGUCGUUACAUUUCAGCCUUAAUCGCAGCUGUCAGUUUUACCAAAUCGCAGGUUCUGCUCAGGUUUAACCAUCGCGCUCCAAGCCUGUUCUUUUCUCCCGAGAAGUAGACGUGUGUGUCGUAACACUCCGCCUGCUGCCCUCGACGUUUGAAUGGAUGUAAUCCAGAGUUAAUCCCAAUGUUACAGAGUUUUGGUUGCUUCCUGGUCAUUCAGAUCCAGGUUUGUUUCUUUCUACUGAACUAAAAUACAAAAGGCCAAAAUAAACAAUACUGUGUGGAUAGAUCUUUGUUUUACAUUUAUGAGGACCAAUAAUGGAAAAUGAUGCCUUAAAUUAUUUUUUUUCCUCAGGGAAUUCAUGUAAAAUGUUUUUGAUCUUAAAGGUACAACAUGACAAUGUGCGUCAUCUCUCUUUUGAGCAUUAGGCGGCAGUAGUGAGACAUCGAAUUACUCCGUUUGUCUUCUUUCAUUAGAGUUUGGCUUUUGCCACGUAUUGAUUUUGACUGUUUCGAAUCCGGGUUUUCAGCAUAAGAAAGCCACCCAGAGUAAAGCUGGAUAAGAUGGAACUGCAUCCACUUGCUAUGGAAACCUUUUUUUUUUUCUUUAUUGAUACCAAGCACUGAAAUCUUUCAUUUACUACAGGUUACAGAUUAGCUUACUAACUUCAGCGCACGUGUCUGAAACAACACGUCAAUGUAAUGUCAUGGCUGCUGCUGUCUUUUAUACGCUUAUUUAAAAGUUUUGCAUAAAAAAAAUGAAUGAAUUUGUAUUUAAGUCAAUUACACUUGGAGUUUUCAUGUAACCGUUUGUUUAUUGUUAAAUUUAUACUUGAAAAUUGGACAUUGUCCUCAUUUUGAAAGUCAGUUUUCUUUACAAAAUGUUUUUUUUUUCUCCUCUUAAAGCUCCCCUAAUGUGCCAUCAACUAAACGUCUCUCAUUUGAUGAUUACAUUUGAAUAGUUUUCCGUCACGCCAAGGCUUUGCGUUUUAAAAGAAAACCAAUCAGGAACUUGUUUUGAGCUGAUAAACUCUCCACACUUGAUCUCAAUAGGAGCCAUCUCGGCUGUUACAGUGUUUUAAAGCGUGUGCUGGAGAGAUAACGGCCACCGCGCCUCGCCGCUGGACUUUUAACCAGUGCAUGUAGGAAAAUAAGGCGUGACGGAGGUGACUCACACUUUCCUCACAGACACUUUUCUCGUGAGUGAUAAAUACGUGGUGACGAUUUGGCCUCUUUUCCCUUUUUGACGGUGGUUUGGUUCUUCUCUCUGAGUCCACGAAGCGAAAUCAAAUGAAAUGCGUCCAUGAUUAAUGCUCUCAUUUCCUGAUGCGCCCUAAAGCCUGCCGAGAUUAAAACCCAUCGUCAUUUUUAUUGUAACCACCAAUAAAUCUGUAGAUUAAUCUCUGGAGCUGCUGGUAAAUUUUAUACGUAUAUAUUUUUGGAAUUGCCGUAAGAAGUGCACUACAAGUUCCCACAGCCCAGAGGAGUCCUCGGUCUGCGUCUGCAGCGGUUCUGAGAGGCGACAGUUUGAAUGAAGAUGUUCAGUAGAAGAUGUGAGUGUCAGCUUAGUGCUACGUAUGGUACAAAACAUUGUUUGUCAUCCUGAAAUCGAUGUGCUUUGUACUCGAGCCCUGGAAAAUAAAGCUCCA